CUCCCAUCUCUCUUUUAAAGGUAUUUUCCCUUGGAUAUUAAUUUUCAAAUCAGAAGAAAUGGCAUUCCGGGCGAUUUGUGUGUUGGUUGGAGUAUUUAUUUGUUCUAUUUCUGUCAGAGGAUCUUCCCAGCCCCAAGCAAGAGUUUAUUUAACAUUUGAUGAGCUUCGAGAAACCAAGACCUCUGAAUAUUUCAGCCUGUCCCACCACCAGUUAGACUAUAGGAUAUUACUAAUGGAUGAAGAUCAAGACCGGAUAUAUGUGGGGAGCAAAGACCACAUCCUAUCCUUGAAUAUCAACAAUAUCAGUCAAGAACCUUUGAGUGUUUUCUGGCCAGCAUCAACAAUCAAAGUUGAAGAGUGCAAAAUGGCUGGGAAGGAUCCUACACACGGCUGUGGGAAUUUCGUCCGAGUUAUUCAGACCUUCAACCGCACUCACCUGUAUGUCUGUGGAAGUGGAGCCUACAGCCCAGUGUGCACUUACCUAAACAGGGGAAGGAGGUCCGAGGACCAAGUUUUCAUGAUUGACUCGAAGUGUGAAUCUGGAAAAGGACGAUGCUCAUUCAAUCCCAAUGUGAACACUGUGUCUGUUAUGAUCAAUGAGGAACUCUUCUCAGGAAUGUACAUAGAUUUCAUGGGAACAGAUGCUGCUAUUUUUCGAAGUUUAACUAAGAGGAAUGCAGUACGAACUGAUCAGCACAAUUCAAAAUGGCUGAGUGAACCUAUGUUUGUGGAUGCACAUGUGAUCCCAGAUGGCACUGAUCCCAAUGAUGCCAAGGUGUAUUUCUUCUUCAAAGAAAAAUUGACCGACAACAAUAGGAGCACAAAACAGAUUCAUUCCAUGAUUGCAAGAAUAUGUCCUAAUGACACUGGCGGACAACGUAGUCUUGUCAACAAGUGGACCACAUUCUUAAAGGCAAGACUUGUGUGCUCCGUCACAGAUGAAGAUGGACCUGAGACACAUUUUGAUGAAUUAGAGGAUGUAUUUCUGCUAGAAACUGACAAUCCGAGGACCACCCUAGUGUAUGGCAUCUUCACCACAUCCAGCUCUGUUUUCAAAGGAUCUGCUGUGUGUGUGUAUCAUUUAUCUGAUAUACAGACUGUAUUCAAUGGGCCUUUUGCCCACAAAGAAGGGCCCAAUCACCAGCUGAUAUCCUAUCAAGGCAGAAUUCCAUAUCCUCGCCCUGGAACUUGUCCAGGGGGGGCAUUUACACCCAAUAUGAGAACCACCAAGGACUUCCCAGAUGAUGUUGUCACUUUUAUCCGGAACCAUCCUCUCAUGUACAAUGCCAUCUAUCCUAUCCACAGAAGGCCUCUGAUUGUCCGCAUAGGCACUGACUACAAGUACACAAAGAUAGCUGUGGACAGAGUGAAUGCUGCUGAUGGACGAUACCAUGUCCUGUUCCUGGGAACAGAUCGGGGCACGGUGCAGAAGGUGGUAGUCCUUCCUAGCAACAGCUCUGCCAGCGGGGAGCUCAUUCUGGAGGAGCUGCAAGUCUUUAAGAAUCAUGUUCCCAUAACAACAAUGAAAAUCUCAUCCAAGAAGCAACAGUUGUAUGUGAGCUCCAAUGAAGGGGUUUCCCAAGUGUCUCUGCAUCGCUGCCACAUCUAUGGCACAGCUUGUGCAGACUGCUGCUUGGCGAGGGACCCAUACUGUGCCUGGGAUGGCCACUCUUGCUCCAGGUUCUACCCCACUGGGAAGCGGAGGAGCCGAAGACAAGAUGUGAGGCAUGGGAAUCCACUGACACAAUGUCGAGGGUUCAAUCUAAAAGCCUACAGAAAUGCAGCUGAAAUUGUUCAGUAUGGAGUAAGAAAUAACAGCACUUUCCUGGAGUGUGCCCCAAAGUCUCCACAGGCAUCUAUCAAGUGGCUGCUGCAGAAAGAUAAAGACAGGAGGAAAGAGGUUAAGCUCAAUGAGCGCAUCAUAGCCACUUCCCAAGGACUGCUGAUUCGAUCAGUUCAGGACUCAGACCAAGGGCUAUACCACUGCAUCGCCACGGAGAACAGCUUCAAGCAGACCAUAGCCAAGAUUAACUUCAAAGUUUUAGAUUCAGAAAUGGUGGCUGUAGUGACAGACAAGUGGUCCCCAUGGACAUGGGCUGGCUCUGUGAGGGCUCUACCCUUCCAUCCAAAGGACAUACUGGGAGCAUUCAGCCACUCUGAAAUGCAGCUCAUCAACCAGUACUGUAAAGACACCCGGCAGCAGCAUCAGCUGGGAGAAGAACCACAGAAGAUGAGGGGGGACUAUGGCAAGCUAAAGGCUCUCAUCAAUAGCAGAAAAAGCAGGAACAGGAGGAAUCAUCUUCCAGAGUCAUAAAUGUUCAUCUGUGGGGCUUUGCUUCCAGUAACAAAUGCUCUGUCCUCACUGGUUAACUACUGAGCAAAGUCUUGUGCUUUACCCAUGAGAAAUUCCUCACAAAAGCUGGAGACUCGCUCUCAAGUGUGUUCUCUGUGAACUUAAAUGAGCAUGCAUCUUCUUGUAUGAUACCUACUAGCACUAGACAUGUCAUGGUCCUCAUGGUGCACAGAAAUAUUUAACUUGUCCCAGAUUUUAUUUAUAUCAUAAUGUGUCUUUUCUUUGACUUAAAUGCAGCAACAGAAGCAGAACUGUUAUACCCUCGGUUGAGCGAGGGACAUAAAUUACUCUGUGCUGGUCCUCUGCUUUAGGAGUUUAGCUUUUUAAUUGUCAGUGGUUUUUAUACGUGAGAACAAAUUUGAAUUCACAAUUUUCACAUAGUAAAUGUCAUAUAAGUGCAUGUGACAGAAAAGCCAUCCAAAGUCAUGUAGGUUAGAAAAAUGGCAGGGAAGAGAGCAUCCAGAUGUUAUUUAAAAGCAAGAGUGACUCAUAAAGAGAAUGUGAUGAGUUCAUAUGCUUCCAGUGAAUCAUAUUCUUGCUUGUUCUUUGUUUAAGAUUUUAAUGUGUGUCAUUUACUGAGAUCUGCCAUAAAUCUUUGCUCUUUUGCUUCAGAAAGACAAAAUGAAUCACGUGUGACAUCCAAAUCUUUGAUGGGAGAUGUAUCAGUGAGGCAUUGACAUUUCUACUGUUUUGUUAUCAUCUUCCAAACAAAAACACUUUGUUUUUUGGAAGUUAUUUAAGUUAUUAUAGACUUACAUAUACUCUUACAUUAUUUAAUUGAUUUACUGUUUGAUUUCAGUUUUCUAGUCUACUUGGCAAAUUAAAAAAAACAAGGAGGAAAUACUGUUAAAACAUCCAACUUUCCCAUACAGAGUGAAGCUAUCAAAAUGUUUGGAUUGUUUUGUAAUUAAACUUAUUUUCUCCAAUUCAAAAACUGAUGGAUAAAUAUGGGGAUUUUUCUUAUACUUAUCUUAAUGACAGAGCUUCCAAUUUUAAAUUUAAAUUUAUUUUAAUACUUGUUUAUAUUUUCAGAAAAAAAGAGAAAUUGUACUAAACACUGUUGAAACACAGUUCGUAUUAACAGUUCAUAAAGAAAGUAAUGAAAGAGGAUCUGCCUCUUUUUUUUGAGUAUUGUAAACAAACUCCAGAAAGGAAAAUCAUGUGUAGGGCUAUGAGUUGGUGGUAGGUUAUAUGUUUAGCAUACACAGAACCUGGGCUCAAACAGAAAAAAAGGAAGAGGAAUAGGGAAGAAGGGAAGAAGGCAGGAAGGAGGAAAAGAAGGAAGGGAAAGUUGGAGGGUUUACAUCUUUAACAGAAGAUAAAAAUGUGUUUAGCUGAGAGGUCGUAAAUUUUAAUGUUCUAAAAGGGAACCUUGGCAUUGUAGGACAAAACAGAAAGAGCAGACAUGUCACCCGAUUUUGUUUUUAAACUAUUUUUCAAAUUUGUACAGUACUACAACAAUCUGCAGUGAUCCCAUAUGCAAGUGGUUUGCAGGCUUAAAUAUUCACAUUUUAUUUUUCUUAUAUAUGCAAAAAAAAUAGCAGCAUGUUUAGAUGCAAUGCUAACAUGAUCCUCUUUGUUUUUGAUUAAUCUAUUGUAUGAACAGAAUAAAAUGACGUCCAAAGCACAGUGCCCUCAUCCCACAUAGCUUCAAACUGCUAGAUGGUGAUAUUUAAUUCUAUGCUAUUGUUUGUCCUAUUUAAUACCUCCUUUUUUUUUAUAUAACUACAUUUUAAAUACUCAUUUCUUUAAAAAAAAGAAUAUAAAAAUUACUAUUCAACACAACCCUGCCAAAUGUAAAAUAUAUGUAUUUCUCAAAAACAUAAUUAAUACUUAUUGAAUAUGGGUGACUAGUUGGUUUUAUUUUGUGUUCUUGGGCAAUUUGAUGAUUUAAGAUGUUUUUCAUAUCAUUGUAUAUAAAAUUACCUAGAAAUGCACUUUUCCCCCAAAGUGUAGGUUUGUGAAUAGACAUAGCAUGAUGAAGCUGUCAUUACAGUGAAUGUUCACCCUGUGUAUAGAAAGCAAAUGAGAUGUAGUUCCCACAUGAAAAUUUAAUUAGAUGUUGAAGAACUCAUUUGUCUGAUAAAAUAAAACAUUGAAUUCCCUAGA